AUGUGGAUGGCCCUCGUCAGGGGUCCCCCAGGCCUGGCAGGAGCCUCGGGGCGCCGCGACGCGCUGUGGCCUGCGGGUGCCCUGCGUGAGAGUGGCAGCCGGACCCCUGCAGCGCCCCACUGCCCCGCCCGGCCUGGCCUCAAGGACCAGCCCAGAGCCCUGGGGUGCGGGGGAGGCUGGGGGCAGCGUCUCGGGGCUGGGAAGCUGCGCCCAGAAGGGUCACCCCGCUUGGCUGGAAGGCCGAGCGCACGCGCAGGCCGGCUGGGGCACUACAAGGUCUACCCGACCCUGCGCUGCCCCGUGUUCGUGGUGCAGUGGCUGUUUGACGAGGCCCAGCUGACCGUGGACAACGCGCACCUCGCUGGGCAGCCGGUGCAGGAGGCCCAGUGGCUGUACAUCCAGAGCCUGGGCCGCGAGCUGAGACACACGCUCAAGGACGUGCCGGCCAGCUUCGCCCCCGCCUGCCUCUCCCACGAGAUCAUCAUCCGGAGCCACUGGACAGAUGUCCAGGUGAAAGGGACCUCGCUGCCCCGCGCGCUGCACUGCUGGGACAGAAGCCUGCACGAGGGCCACAAGGCCGGCCAAGGCCCCCUGAAGGGCUGCCCGGUGCACCUGGUGGACAGCUGCCCCUGGCCGCACUGCAACCCCUCCUGCCCCACCGUCCGGGACCAGUUCACGGGGCAGGAGAUGAGCGUGGCCCAGUUCCUCAUGCACAUGGGCUUGGACGCGCACGCGGGGGCCCAGCAGCAGGGCCUGGGGCCUGGCAAGCUGCUGGGGCUGCUGAGCAGCGGGGGCUAGCCCCCCCGGGCCUCCAGGUCCCCCAGAGGACCCCCCACGCCUCCAA